AUGGAGCCAGUUGACAUACACAUGUAUUAUGCCGAGAGAGCCGCAAAGUUCUUAAAAUCAAGAGAUACAAGGAGACAGGUUGAGGAGAUCAAAAGAAUGGAAGCAACGGUUGCCAUCCUUGACUUCUGCGGGAAGACUCCGCUGGUAUACAAAUUGUUUGCAGGAGUGGAGAAAGAGGUCUUUGUUGUAUACGAUGUUUCCAAGUGUAAGGAGAGAAUAGGAGAGGUUGUCAGGAAACACGACCUGGUCUAUGUCCUUGAAGAUGUCGAGAGCAUGGAGAAGAACAUUUUCUAUGGAAACAAAAGGGCCAUCUUUCUCUUAUUCGAUAGAUUCAAAUUCAUCCGAUGCAUAUAA